GACCAAAGAUAACUUCAUUGCAAAAGAUAUCCAAUAUGGCUGCGCCCAUGAAGCAUGGUUAAAAUCUAUUUAGAAGAAUUGAAGACAUAUUUUGAAAAAUAUGACAAAAAAUAAAACUAAUAAUAAACAGAAGGUAAAAGGAAAUCAUUUGAAAUCUGAACAGAAAGAAAGCAAAAAAGAAAGCUUGGGGAAACCAUUAAAAGCAAAAAAGAAAAAGAACAAAAAAUUGAAAACAGAAAUGGUGGAAAGCAAAAGUUUAUUUCCUCGUCUCGCACAUACAAAACUAAAAGACAAAGAUACGCUGAUAAAAGAAAGUAAAACGAAAAAACAAAAGAAUGACAAAUCAGAAUUGACACCUGUGCGGAAUGAGAAACAAACUCAAAGUGAUAAAAGUGUGUUUGAAAAGAAAACAAAACACAAAUUGAACGAUACAGAAGAAAGUGAUAAUAGUGAGGGGGUUAUAUUACCGAAAAAAUUUAAACUUGAAAAGAAAACUUUAAAAAAAGAAAAGAACAGAAAACAAUUUAAAAAGAAAAGACAAGAAUCCGCUAGCAAUCAAGGUAGACCAUUUCCAAGUACAGGUACUCAUACAUCACCAUCUGUUAGUCAUCAAACAUCUUCUAUAAAACAGGAUGUGGCUAGAUUAAAAGUAUCAACAGGUUUUAAUUGGGAUAAUCAGUUUACCCUACCAACAAGUAAAACUAUAGAAGAUAGUAGCAGUGAUGAAUCUGAUGAUGAACAGGAGAAGAAAGUAGAAAAGACAAGAAAUGAAAUAAGGUUAGAAAAAAAAGCAGAGGAGAAGAAAAUUUAUGAGGUUGAAAAAAGACGUUUAGAAGGUGAUGAUGAACCACAAACAGCUGAUGAUUUUGAUCGUUUAGUUCUACAAUCACCUGAUAGUUCGUUAGUAUGGACACGUUAUAUGGCGUAUCAUCUAGAAUGUACAGAAAUAGAUAAAGCUAGGGCUGUAGCAGAACGAGCUCUUAAAACAAUCAGUUUCAGAGAUGAACAAGAGAAGUUGAAUAUUUGGGUAGCGUAUUUAAAUCUAGAAAAUAUGUAUGGUACGUCAGAUCAAUUAGAAGAAUUAUUUGAAAGAGCUAAAACAAACUGUGAUUCCAAGAAAAUACAUCAGAGGAUGAUCAGUGUUUAUGUUAGGUCGGAAAAAUAUGAGGAAGCUGAACAGCUGUAUAAUGUGAUGGUCAAGAGAUUUCACACAGAUAAACAAAUAUGGAUGAAUUUUGUUCAGUUUUGUUUCCGUAAUAAUCGGUUAGAUACGGGAAGAAAGUUACUACAACGUAGCUUUAAAUGUCUGGAAAAAAAGGAACAUGUAGAGAUGAUAUCUAAGGUAGCUCAGAUGGAGGUUAAAUUUGGUGAUGGUGAGAGAGGUAGAACUAUGUACGAGAAUCUUGUUGCUAAUUAUCCUAAACGAUUAGAUUUAUGGUCUGUGUAUAUAGAUAUGGUGAGGAUAUUGGGAGAUUUUGAUGGAGUCAGAAAAUUGUUUGAAAGAGCUUUAUCACUUAAGAUGAAUGCUAAGAGAAUGAAGUUUAUUUUUAAGAAAUACUUGGAUUUUGAAAACCAAUAUGGCAGCCCAGAUAAAGUGGAAGAGAUUAAAGAAAAAGCAUUAAAAUAUGUUGAAUCUAAAGGAUUUUAUGAUGAAUUAUAACUUCUAAACUCUUUUUACAGCAAAAAUAAAAA